AUGUUGGGCAGGUUGUUGAGAACAGGUUCUUUUAUGGAUUUAUUAGGACCUGUCCAAAAUGGUAAAGAGGAUGAGAAAUGGGUUGUGCAUCAGGCUGAGUUAUCUCCGCCACCAGCUGUACACAUGCCAGAUGAGUUAAAGUCGUUGUUAUUAGGAUGCAAGAAGAUAGAUGAUGGUAAAAAGGCAGGCGAAAACUCAUGUUUUAGGUUGGUAAUUGCUCAGGAGCUGGGUCGCAUGCUAAGCCGAGAUAACUACCAGGUAAUUUUGGACUAUGUUUGUACUCGGAAUGCGGCGACGGGCCAGCCAUGUAGCAAUGGCGGUAAUAUGGAGAAUAUUCCUCUUUCAGAGCUUAAGGAGUACAUUUUUGGGUCCCCGGUGCGGGUUAGUGACCGCUGCCAGAGUGAUAAGUUGAAACUAAUACAGAGUGCGCGGUUAAUUGUGGUGACUCGGAUAUUUUACAACAAGUAUUCAUCGGUCGCAUGUAAUUCUAAUCAGAGGAUAGCGAUAUGUUGCUGUAUGCCGGAGUCGUUUCUGACGGUUCUAACUGAGUGCUGGUCACAAGUUACGCGGUGGUUUGAUGAUUGCCAGGGAGUGUUGGCGCCUUUGUUGGAGGCAGAUCCCUUGCUUCCAAAGGAGUUGAAUGCUAAAUCGCAUAGCCAGGUGGAGGCUAUACUCAAUAAAUUCUACUGUAAUUUGAUAUCGCCACUGCAGAGCCUAUUGGAGGUGCAGCGGCUUAUGCUCUACCCACAUAAUUUCAUGGAUUUUACUACUUCUUGGUAUCGGGAAGUUUUCAACUGGUUGGAGGUCAAGGAUGGGCACCGCCUCAAAUUUCUUCCCGUUUUGCUCGCGAAGCUAAAGUAUGACUCGGGUGAAGAUUUGCUGAAGAGUAAAUCCUCCCGGAUUAUAAUUACAUCUGGGAAUGUUACUGUGGCGAACAAGUUGAUUUUUGUUAUAUCUGCGUUCCUAAAACCGCGGUAUGAGGGCGAGAUACAUAUCAUCCCGAAUGGGACUGUGACGCCUAGUGCGGAAACAACGCCUACUCCUACAGGUGCAAAGUACGACAGUACUAUUACAAGCAAGGGUUGGGAGAUACCAAGAAAGCAGUCGACCUCCAGUGUCCUGAGUAAAUCUUCAGACGAGGCGUCUUUUGCGCAUGUCUUUCUCCCUUCUUCAUUGCGGAGCACUAGUUCUUUACAGUACAUCUCCUCGUCGCUUAACAGCCAGUAUGGGAGCUAUGGCUCAUGGUUUAAAAAAGCUAUGCCACUAGGCCAAUCGCCUAGGACUGGGGAAUCACCUGAUCAGGCAUUCAUGAAUAACCGCAACAACAGUACGCCCUCUUUACAUCAGCAACUGUUAACUACGAGCUCCUCCACCACGAGCUAUCUAACAGCGGCAUCUACGACACCUAACACAAAUAGGUGGUCACAAGGUUCUCCAUCUAUAAAUGAAUACGAGGAGUACCCAUGGCCGGGCUGUGCAACUGCUCCUUCGGUAAUGAAUGCAAAAUCUAGAAUACAAAAGGUCCACAUGCAGAGAAGCAAUAACCGAGUGCAUGACGAGAAAUUGUUGCGUAAAAAAUUUGAUAGCAUAUCGGGCAGCCAGAGCACCAUCGAUUUUCAUGUGUCCGCCGCCUCUGAACAUCACGAUCCAGUCUUGGAAGUCCCGAUAACCGAGGACUUAAGCUUCCCUUCCCAAGAAUUACUCCCACCAUACACUUCAUAUAUGCAUAAUUUUGAGCCCAUGUUCCAGGUUCAAGCCUGUCCGAUCUCCUCCAUUACAGAACGUCGUUUGAUGGAGUGCAUGAAGAACGAUUUACAGCACUUUGACUAUUCAAGAAUACUUAUUGUGUCGCUUCGUUCAAGAGAAAUUAAAGAAAUUACUUUAACAAAGGACCCCAACACCAGGAGCAUGAUAAAAAGGACUUCCAAGAUAUUUCAAAAUGGUAAACAGGGCAACAUUUCUCAAAAAUUCACUGAGACUGUCCAAUUCAUAGACCAGCAUUUAAGUUCUGUCCUGAGCAAAUGGGAGGAUCCAGCCCAUACGGAUGACAAAAUCAAAAUGCUUCAUGAAUCCUUUCAAGUGCUUAUGAAGUGA